UCCGGCCCAACAACAGCGAAUGAAGAAAGGCGAAACGAAAAACCUUCUUGCCUUUAUUGUUUAAUCCUUAGCCUUUUUCCUUAAUCCUUAACCAGCGAGUAAGAGAAGACAGUGACCCUCACCGCUCACUCUCUUAGGUCUCGGCUCCUCCUCUUCACGCAACUCUACCUACCAUUCCCAUGGCAACCACCACCGAUAAACCCCUCGCUACCGCAAGGAACUCCGCGGCUCCAUCCUCCGUCGCCAAUUCAUCCGCAGAACCGAUCUCUAAGAAGACCGCCGAGCCCGCUCUGCCUUCCACCGAUAAGUUAGAUCCUCCUAGCUCUGAUAUUUCUGCUUCUGAAGUACCUCUUAAGGAGAGCAAGGGUUGGAAGACUGGCGGGACUGCUGGGGGCUCCGCCUCUGGGGGUGGCAGCGCUCCCGUUAACGACAUCCAGAAGAAGAUUCGCCGAGCUGAGCGGUUCGGCGUACCGGUCCAGUUGUCUGAGCAAGAGAAGCGUAAUUCUAGGGCUGAGAGGUUCGGUACUGUGCCCAGCAUGAAUGGAUCAGAAGCAUCUAAGCAAUCGGAGGACAUGAAGAGGAAAGCCAGAGCAGAGAGGUUUGGGCUUUCUGUACCCACUACGGCUACUGAUGAGGAGGCCAAAAAGAAAGCACGUCUUGCCAGAUUUGCACAAGAUUCCAAACCUGAUACAGUGGAAGAGGAGAAAAGAAAAGCGAGGGCAAUUAGGUUCUCUAAUCCUCCAUCAAGUACAUCAUCACAGGUGAAUGGGAAGGGAAAUAUUGAGCCAGAGGCUCCUAUUGCUGGAAAGGCUGGUGGAGGACCCUAAAUACAAAAUUUCCCUACCUAGUUAGAAGGUCUAGUAGUGUUGUAACAACUUGUACCUGUAGCGGCUUCUUUACAAUGUUAUCUUUCCAACCUCAGAAUUAUUAGAUGUGGUACUCCUUCAUCCUCGGAUAAAUUGCUAAAGCAGUGAAAGGUUUCGUUGGUAGUUUGGAUGGCAUUUUUCUCAUUUCGGACAUAACUACGAUUUCUAUUGACUUGGUGAGGCCUAUAGAGGAAUCAGCGAUCACCUGUAGUGUUAACCUAUCUGAAAUCCUACAAAAAGCAUUAAAACCUCUAGGAUAAGGGCUAGAAAAUUUCAAGUUCUCCUUUUGAUGAUAUGAUUGAGAAAGUAUGGAGUGGUUAGUAAUUUCCAUCAAGAAAAAAAAUUUUGGUUUGUUCUCUUGCCAUGGUAAUAUUUGGGGAUUUUAUACUCUUCCAAGUUGCAUGGUAUGACCAAAUUCGAGACGGUAGUAGUAUCCAAAUUGAGUCUGACAUCUAUUUCUAUGGGUUAAAUAAUUUUAAGUAGUAGAUGAUACAUUCUCAUAAAUAUCUAAAAGCAAGUUUAGUUUCCAUUUAUUCUGGUUUCUACAUGUUAGGGUCUUAGGUCUCUUUCUUUCUUGGUUUUUUUUUUUUUUUAAGUGUGACUUUGGCUAUAGGACAAAUGAUGAACUUAAACGCCUUUUAUAUGAGCAAACGUGGAUAACAUUUUUUUUUUGUGUUUACAUUGAAAUGCUUUGGUGUAGGGGUUUGUAGGAGGCUCAUUUUGUUCAGUAAUCUCCGACUGUUGUCAUGUUUCUUUUGUUCCUUCUAAAUAGUAAAAAAAGGAAAUAGAAUCAUUUGUUGGCUAUAUUCUCGAGCAUGCAUGUACUCAUGAGCUUGUUUGCAGGUUUGUAUGCAUAAGUUUGCAUUUUUGUAUUUGUAUCUGCUCCUGAUACUCAUGGCUCAGAUGGCAUAAUUGAACUCGAUUAGUUAGUUUUCCGUGAGAAAUUAUGAAUGCAGUGCUGUUGUGCAUAGGAUAUUACUGCUGUCAGCUUUUGAUCAUGAGAGGCACAUUAAAAAUUGGGAAUUGUUUUACAAUGUUAAUAUUGAAUGCGGAGAGUUCCUGAAAUUUUCCGGGUUUUAUUUUGAGAUAAGUGAACCGUAACUCAGUUUAAGGUGAUUGCUAGCUUCCCUUGGCCUCACCAGGUGAAUUAGCUGAUCUACGCUGGAAGGUAAUUAUUCUGCGAAUGAAGGCUCUUAAUGUUCUUCUGUUUUUUAGUAAUGUAAUUUUUUGUUCUUGUGCAAGGAUGAAGUGUUAAUACCGAAUUAACGGUACUUAGAUACUUAGGAAUUUUUUUUGGUUGGAAAUUUUUCUGUGGAAGACUGGUUAAACAUCUCGAGGGAGACGCAAAAUCUAACAUUAUUUACAAAGUUCUGGUUCAAA